AUGUGUUGCAACUACUAUGGAAAUUCCUGUGGGGGCUGUAGAUACAGCGGUGGAUACGGCUCUGGCUGUGGACAUGGCUGUGGCUAUGGGUGUGGGUAUGGCUGUGGCUAUGGCUCCCGCUAUGGCUGUGGCUAUGGAUGUGGGUAUGGCUGUGGCUAUGGCUCUGGCUGUGGACAUGGCUGUGGCUAUGGGUGUGGGUAUGGCUGUGGCUAUGGCUCCCGCUAUGGCUGUGGCUAUGGCUGUGGCUAUGGCUCUGGCUGCUGUGGCUACCGGCCAUUUUGUUAUAGAAGAUGUUAUUCCUCGUGCUGCUAA